AUGCCGCUGAGCUGCAGCUCCUGGUCUAUUUUGAGAAGCCUCCUGUUUCCUCUGCUGCCUGGGGCCAUGUGGUGGCUUCAGGUCUCUGCUCACGGGAGGGGCUCCGAGCCGGACCUUGUCCUUCCUCGGUGCCUCACCCCCAGCCCUUUCCUUCCACGUGGCCUGAGCCCCCACGUCCUGACUCCCAGCUCAGGCCCCACAGCUUCAGCCAGGAGGGGCAAAGGUCAGGUGCCCAAAGGGGGCUUUGCAGUGGGGGUUGGUCACUUGUUGGCAAUAUGGAGAACGUGGGGAACUGGGGUUGGCCUCCCCAUUGUCCGGGCUCAGCCCCUGCCUGCCCAGGCCCCCGCUUCUGCAAGCCUGCCCACCACCCCCAUGGCUGUCAGCAUCCUCGGGUCCCCAGCAGCAGUUAUCACUGCUGGGGUUGAGCACUGGGUGGAGUCAUCUGUAUUCCCAUAUGCGGCUUCCUCCAGAGUGACCUCAGAGGCCCACAGAGAAACACAGCCACCCAGAAGGCUGACCCGGCCAGGAGGCCGGACAGUCCACUGGCUUGCUGCGUGGCUGGUCUUAAUUACCCCAGUCACCCCGUCAGAAACCUGGGAGCCGCCCUUGCCUCCUCUCCUGCCCCUCCUCCUCCUAGCACAGAGCUCUGACCCUGGUGUGCCACAUCCCUCAUUUACUAGAUCCGUGACCUUUCAUCUCUCUGUGCCUCGAUUUAUUCAUUUGUGA